CCUGGGAGUUGUAGUUCGGUGGCUCGCGCCGGCGCUGCUGUGAGCUCGGCGCCGGCCUUUGUCUACGGGCGCGCGCCGCUGCGGUGUUCAAGAACAGCCCAUGGAAGAAUCAUAUGAAGAGGUGGUGAUUGAGGUCAUAGGGCAGGCGUGGACAUGUUUGGAUUUCCAACAGCUACCCUGCUGGACUGUCAUGGAAGAUAUGCUCAGAAUGUAGCAUUUUUCAAUGUGAUGACAGAAGCCCACCACAAAUAUGACCACUCUGAGGCCACAGGAUCCUCAAGCUGGGAUUUCCAGAAUUCUUUCAGAAGGGAGAAGCUGGAACAAAAAUCCCCAGAUUCUAAGACACUGCAGGAAGAUUCACCUGGAGUGAGACAGAGGGUCUAUGAGUGUCAAGAAUGUGGAAAAUCCUUCAGGCAAAAAGGUAGUUUAACCUUGCAUGAGAGAAUCCACACCGGUCAAAAGCCCUUUGAGUGUACCCACUGUGGAAAAAGCUUCAGGGCCAAAGGCAAUCUUGUUACACAUCAGCGAAUACACACAGGAGAGAAGCCGUAUCAGUGCAAGGAGUGUGGGAAAAGCUUUAGUCAACGAGGUAGUCUGGCCGUUCAUGAAAGACUCCAUACUGGACAGAAACCCUAUGAGUGUGCUAUUUGUCAGAGAAGCUUCAGGAAUCAAAGUAACCUUGCUGUUCAUAGAAGAGUUCACAGUGGUGAGAAGCCCUACAGAUGUGAUCAGUGUGGAAAAGCCUUCAGUCAGAAAGGAAGCUUAAUUGUUCAUAUCAGAGUACACACAGGCCUGAAACCCUAUGCCUGCACACAGUGCAGGAAGAGUUUCCACACCAGGGGGAAUUGUAUCCUGCACGGCAAAAUCCACACAGGAGAGACACCCUAUCUGUGUGGCCAGUGUGGGAAAAGCUUUACUCAGAGGGGGAGUCUGGCCGUGCACCAGCGAAGCUGCUCACAAAGGCUCACCCUUUGACCACGCUCUUCAAACAAAAUUCUCUUUAUGAAUUAAAAGUACAAAACCCUCAGAUGAAGCAACCUGUCCAAUUCUAUGGAAUGAAUGGAGACUCCUUCAGAAAGUCCAUCAUUGGGUAGGCAUACUGACUUUUCUCCUUCCCCCCAAAUGAGUAUGAAAAAUAAAUGUCUUGUUUAUUAUCAUUAUCACA